AUGGGUUAGGCGGUGAUAGGCACGUAGCUUAGUUAAAACGCUUUCAUUUGGAAAAACGGAAGCAUCGAACAACAGGGAAUUUCCUCACAUCAAGUUUCCACGCUAUCCAUACUAUCAAUUAUUUUCUUGGAAGAGGGCAAAAACCCUAAUUUUGUCUCUGAUCUCCCAAGGAAGGAAAAGAAAACCAAGAAAUAACGAAAUUUCGAAAGGAAAAAAGGAUGGUGUUUUACUUCAAAGCUCGACCAGAGGCUGGCGAUUACACCAUUUUCAUGGGUCUCGACAAGUACGAGAACGAGGAACUCAUCAAAUAUGGCUUCCCCGAAGACAUUUGGUUCCAUGUGGAUAAAAUGUCUUCUGCCCAUGUUUAUUUAAGACUUCAAAAAGGUCAAACCAUCGAUGAUAUAAGCGAAGGCUUGCUCGAAGAUUGUGCUCAGCUUGUUAAAGCUAACUCCAUUCAAGGCAACAAGGUGAACAAUAUUGACGUUGUUUACACUCCAUGGUCCAAUUUGAAGAAAACCUCUUCUAUGGAUGUUGGUCAAGUUGGCUUUCACAAUUCUAAGAUGGUCCGGACCCUGAGAGUGGAGAAGCGAAUAAAUGAGAUAGUUAACAGGCUGAACAGAACUAAAGUAGAACGGACACCUGAUUUGAAAGCUGAGAGAGAAGCAGUCAAUGCAGCGGAAAGAGCUGAGAGAAAGCAACAUAUGAGGGAAAAGAAACGACGUGAGGAGCUAGAAAGGCUUGAAAAGGAAAGACAAGCGGAGAUAAGAAGCUACAAGGGUCUCAUGGUAUCUGAAAAGAUGACAUCCAACAAACAAAUUGCUGAGACGAGCAGAUCUUUGCAGGAACUUGAAGAGGAUUUUAUGUAGAAGAUACUGGUAUUCAUGUGGGAAUUAACGAUGAUGAUGGGUGCCAAAAACCUGCUGCCCUUCAAAGAAGGUGGUUUGUUGUUGGUUUACGAUUGAUGUUAUGUGCCUUGUGAAUAAGUCACCUCGGUUUUGAAUAUCUUACUUUCGAGGAUUUGGAUAAGAAAAGAGACAACAUGGAAUGGAAACUGACAUAAUAUGAGAAAUCUAUGUAAUUGUUUGUCAUUUGCAGGCUUCAAGGAGUAGAAUGAAUCAAAGAUUGAGGAUGAGUGAGAUGAACUUCUGUUAUGGUCUUAAUACAUGAUAAUAAAGCAUAAUUCAUAUCUCUAUUGCUGAUUAAUAAAA